AUGCGGCCGGCCGUUCCAAGAUCGCUGGCAGCGUGAUUGCUCUCGGGAGCGGCCGAGGCCAGUUGUAAAUCGACAUUGGACGCAUAAACUUCAAUCUGUUGCGUUCGUUUGCGUUUGUGUGCUAGAGAAUUGUUUCGCCGUGUGGCAGUGUGUUUGUGUUGCGGCGAUCGUCAGCGACGAUGGCAAGAGGAGCAAUCACCCUAUUGUGGAUCAAUUUGAUCUGUCUUAUCAGUGUGGCUGUGUGCACCCCGGACGCGGCGCCCAAGAAUGGCGACCGGUCCGACAUGCAGCUGGCGGGCGAAACGAUGCUCUCGGAGCAACUGUUCGCCAUCAUCGAUCUGUACAAGCAGGAGGAUCCGGUCGGGCUGCCGGGCGCUACCAUUCCCGAUCCGAUGCCCAUUCCGGAGAUAAAGCAAUCGUUCUCCUUCGCCAAGAUGCAUCUGCGCAAUGUGCUGGCCCACGGGAUGUCCCGCUUCCGCAUCCGGUACUUCCACACCGAGCUGAACAGCAUGUCCGUCACGACGCAGAUUUCGAUCGACGAGAUCACGGUCAACGGGAACUACACGAUGAGCACGUUCUUUAACCGUGCCGAGGGUCCGUUCACGGUGCUGAUGCGCAACGUGCUGACCAAAGCCAACGUUUCGCUGGCCGUCGAGCGGGACGGUACGCUGCGCACGAAGGACAUCGAGCUGGACAUUGCGUUCGACGAUAUGGCGAUGGACUUUCAGAACCUUGGCUUCAUGGGCAGCAUUUUCCAGAGUGUGGUCAACUCCGCGUCCAAUCUGGUGUACGACACGAUGAAACCGUUCAUGCUGUCCGAGGCGUACACGAAGAUCCGUGACGAGGUCGACAGCCGGAUGCUGAACAUAACGGUCGAGCAUGACUUCGUUCUGCCCAAUUCGAUCUCACCGCUUGAUAUGGCGAUCGGGGAGAUGCGCGGCAUCGUCCGCGCCAAGGGAUUCGAUCCGUUCCUCGUGCCGGACUACAACAACACGGCCGGUAUCGUUGGCAUGCAGACGAUGCACACGUGGAUCAGCGGAGGGUCCAACUUCUACCGGUACGGCGACAUCUCCGUCACGAUGCAGAACAACUCGGCCACGCUCGGGAUGCACGUGGCAACGCAGCGCAUCGUUGGCUCAACGCAAUGGGAGGUGUCGAUCGGGCGCGGUAUGCUGUCGCACGCCGGCCGGGCACAGUUUACGGUGGAGCACAUACGCGUCGAAUUUCAGGUCGAGCAACCGUUGGAUCUGCGCAAGCAGCUCAAGCUGAAAGACAUUCAGCUCGAGCUCGGCAACAUCCAGGUACGCUGCGAUGGGGCCGGUACGCUCGACUACGUCAUUGAGGCCGCAGUCAACAUACUGCCGAAUCUGCUGCGGUACCAGAUAAUGGAUGCGAUCGAAAAUCCGCUCCGCAUGCGCAUACAGGAGAAGCUGGACUGCAUAGAUACGGAGGCGCUGGUGCGGAAGUACGUGAAGCAGUACGAGCAGAACGCGAUCAACAUCGAUCUGCAGGACUUUGAGCUUUGCGAGGUGAAGUUUGCGGUGUGAGGUGCGCGUGUGCGUCACGAGUUUUCAUUUAAGUAGCGAUAUUAAUCGUUUGUGCUAUGCUAACUUACAGUUUACGUGAAUAAAACGAUAAAUUUGGUGAAAACGAAA